AUGGCGACAACAUCUCACUACUCCUCCCACUCUUCUCAUCCCGCCCUCUUCUCUCAUAACACAAAGCAUCAAACCGCUGCUAGCAUCCCCGCUGCAACCUCCACCUCCACCUCAUCCGACAAUAACAACAAAACCUCCUCUUCUCCCUCCUCCUCCUCCUCCUCCUCCUCCUCCUCCUCCACCACCACCACCACCACCAAACAGGAGCACGAAUUACACUGGAAGCCAAUUGGGCGACCGGGCAUAUCUCCAGCCACCUCACACUGGCAACCCCAGUUCAAUCGAAAACAGAGCUGGAACGAGCAGGACAUGAAGCACCAUAUGCAGCAGAGGUUGACGGGGCUGGAGAAGGGGAGGGAGAGCGGGUUUACGGAGAUUGAGAAGGAGACGAUAUUUGCCUGCGUGCUUGGCGACACCCAAUGUGGUGUUCAAGUCGUUCUUCAAUAUUUCCUUCGAGUCUUCCGAGGGGAUCUCACCGGGCUUGACCGCAUCCCCCUGUCUGCCGCCAGCAACAACAACGGAUCGUUGCGUGUAAAAGGGGAGUUGCGUAGCUUCAAUGAACAGGCUUGGGCUGGAGAAACUGGUGUCUUCCCGGUAACCAGAUCCCUCGACUCCUCCCUCAAGAAAAACACCGCCUUUAUCAAACGUCUCCGAACCGGUAUCACGCCUACAGCCCUCCCCACCUUCCUUGCAGAUAUUCGCACCCUUUCGCUGCACAAGUAUCUGUCCGAGAUCACCUCUGCGUCCUACGAGGGGCUUAGCAAGCUCAAGUCUCCUGGAGAAAUCGCCGCCGGCGUCGAGAUCGCCAGCGCCCUGCAUCAACGGUUUGGUCCUGAUGAAUUUACCAAGCAACUUGGAUGGCUGCUGGGUCGAGGCUUGACGACACCGGACAAAGCGCAGUUGAAGGCGUGGACUCAGGAUAUCCGUGAGCGGGAAGAAAAAGACCGCCUGGCUAGACAGCGGGCACUCCUUCGCGUCGUGACGGAGCUGUGGCUUGUUGGAUUCCUGCGGAGUUUGGAUGAUGUGGAGCGUCCGGAAGAUCUGGGGACAAAAGGGAAGGAUGGUGCAUCUACUAUCGGCGGCAAGGGCUCUUCUUCUGAUGGGAUGACGAAGUCUAGGUCGUCUCAGGCUGCGGCGAAGGGUGAUCAGGAUAGAGAGGCAGAGCCGUUCCCCCUGGAAGUGCUGAAGGAUCUUCUGGGGUAUGACCGUGAGCAUGUGAAUUUGCCGCUGGCUGUGUUGUUUGCAAGAACUUACAGCUGGGAUAUUUUGGGGUCGAAGGGGCUGGAAGAAGGCAGGAAGAAUGUGGAGGCAGAUGGCGCGACCACGGCGGCUUCGGGAAAGGAUGCGCCGGAGGCUGGAUCCGGCGAUGAGUCUGCAGGAGUAAAUGGAGAAGCAAUGGAAGAUGAUCCACCCCUGGCAUCUGAAAAGCUCCAGCUCCGGUUUAAAAAUAUCCUUUGCCGGUAUCUUGAGGAUGUUAAAGCGCAUGUUAUCCGCGAUCAGAAAGCGCUUGCAACGCAGAGUCGAAAGAAUGCGGAGGCUUAUGUGAAGAGUGGCGAAAUUUUCGAAGACCGUCAAUCGAAUUUCGAGAAACACGCGAAGGCCCAUGAAAAGCUUGUCUCUAACACCCAAGUUCUUUGUGAGAUUCUUGGCGUAGACAUGCCGGAUCUCAUGGAGAAGGAAACAGUUGAGUCUGCUCUUGGUAGCGGAAUAGGUCUUGUUAAGGCCGGAGAAUAUCUACGUGGACACGGCGAAGGCCCUGGCAUUUGGGAAGAUGAAGAGGAGCGCCGGUUUUAUGAGAAUUUGGUCGAUUUGAAAGGGAAAGUGCCAGCUGUUCUUCUUGAGGAUGGCAAGAAGAAGAAAACUGAUGGAGACGACCAGGUCAAGAAGAAGGCCGACGGCGAACUUCCCAAUGACGUGGGGGUUGACCAUUCUGGUAAAGGAGAAGUUACGAAACCGGACCACUCUUCUUCGGAACCAGCCAACCAGGAGGCUGACAGCCAAUCUAUUGCCAUGGUUAACAAGACCGUAGGAGCUCAAGUUGAUAUGUUGUUGGCAAAGCUUCCAGAACUGCAAACCAAGAAUUCCGUCGACCAGCUGGCACUGGAUUUCUGCUUCCUCAAUUCCAAAGCGUCCCGGAACAGAUUGGUGAAGGCCAUUCAAGAAGCCCCCAAGGGCCGCACGGAUCUCCUUCCCCUCUAUGCUCGCCUUGUUGCUACCCUGGGCCAGUACCUCCCCGACAUCCCCCAGAGCCUUAUCAGCUACCUCGACGAGGAAUUCCGGAGUCUUCAACGCCGCAAGCUAAAGGAAUUUCUUGGCCAGGUCCGCACAAGCAAUAUUCGAUAUUUGGCAGAACUCACCAAGUUUGGCGUUGUCCCUGAACAUGUUAUCUUCCACUGUUUCAAGGUCAGUCUGGACGACUUUUCUCGGAUGAACAUUGAAAUUAUUGGCAACUUGCUAGAGAACUGUGGUCGAUACCUUCUCCGCAAUCCGGAAACAGCACCACGGAUGGCGUCCUUCCUGGAAACUCUUAGCCGGAAGAAAGCUGCCCAACAUCUUGGUCAACAGGAGCGCAUGAUUAUCGAGAAUGCGAUGUACUACGUUGACCCCCCCCAGCGACCUGCUAUCCAGCAGAAGGAGCGCACUCCGGUCGAGCAGUACAUUCGCAAACUCAUCUUUCUUGAUAUGAAUAAGCGGAAUUGCUCUAAGAUUUUGAAGAGUAUUCGAAAGCUUCAUUGGGAGGAACAAGAAGUUGUCCAAAUUCUCGAGCGAAUCUUCAGCAAGCCUGGAAAAGUCAAGUAUGGGAACAUACAUAUUAUGGCCAGCAUUGUCAGCGCCCUCUACCGCUGUCAUCAAGAUUUUGUCAUUAGGAUUGUAGACAAUAUACUUGAAUUCAUUACGCUUGGGUUGGAGCAGAAUGACUUCAAGCAGAAUCAACGAAGAGUUGCCGAGAUUAAGUACCUUGGAGAGCUGUACAAUUAUAAAAUGGUCGACUCGCCGGUCAUUUUUGAUACUCUCUAUCGUCUUGUUACAUUCGGACAUGAGGGGGGCAUUCCGGCGCCAGGGAAGAUUACCUUCUUGGAUAUGCCCGAUGAUUUCUUCCGGAUCCGAUUAGUGUGCACCCUUCUUGAUACCUGCGGGUAUUACCUGUUUACCAAGGACCCCUUGCCCAUGGAUGUGGAUUUUCUCGUUCAAGAUACCUACGCUUUGACUCGUCCGCAGUGGAAGAUUGCUACUGAUCCUGCUGAAGCUUCUCGGCUUUUUAGCGAAGCCAUAGCGCAGAAUUACAAGCUAGAGGAGACUGCGCAAGAGACUGAUAAAGCUCCUGAACCGGAUGAUGAAGGGGAAAGUUCUUCAUCUGACGAUGGAUAUGAAGAUGAUGCCAUCCCUGAUGCGGAUGAAGAAAAGGAUGAAGAACAUUCUUCCAGUGAAGAACUCGAGGAGACCGUUCGCGAUCCAGACCAGGAACGUGAUUCCGAAUCCGAAGAGGAAGAGCAGAUUUUCGUUACCCGCCAGGAAGAACAGCUAGAUCCUGAAGCUGAAGCGGAAUUCGAUCGAGAGUUUGAGAAGAUGAUGGCUGAGAGCUUGCAGUCUCGAAAAUUCGAGCGCAAGGCGAUGUUUGACGUUCCCCUGCCAAUGAGACGUACCACGCGCGAUACAUCGACUUCAGAAGAUAAUCAUGAGAGUAGCCAACAUGCACCAAACACGAUGGCAUUUUCUCUCAUGACCAAACGAGGAAACCGACAACAGACCCGCACUAUCGACCUCCCCUCCGACUCCAGCUUUGCCCUCGCGAUGAAAACGCAACAACAAGCCGAGCGCGAGGAGCAGCAACGCAUCAAGAAUCUAGUGCUAAAUUAUGACCUAAGAGAUGACAAUGAGCCCAGUGACGGUGAAUUCAACAUCCUUUCCUCCCCUUCCCCAAGAACAUCAUCAAACCCAUCACCCUUCGUGCUGGAAGAGAACCCCAAUACUAAAGGAAUCAUACGCAAUAAUAAAGGCCCGGAUAAGCGUACCCAUCGCGGAGACCCGAGGAGCAAUAAUGAUAAAUCGAGCUCGAAUCGCAGUGGGUUCCGUUCCCGCAAGUUGCAGCUGAGCGACGUUGAUUGGUACGGUGAAAAUUAG